AUGCUGGCGCUGCAGGUGGCCAGGAAAGCAGGAAUUUUGGGGCUGCUUUCUGACCUUAAGUUUCUUUGUUCCCAGUGCCUUUCCGGCAGUUCUGAUGGGACAAUUCGCCUUUGGUCCCUUGGUCAGCAGAGGUGUAUAGCCACGUACCGAGUCCAUGAUGAAGGCGUUUGGGCUCUGCAAGUCAAUGAUGCCUUCACACACGUGUAUUCUGGAGGAAGGGACCGGAAGAUCUAUUGUACAGACCUGAGAAACCCUGACAUUCGAGUGCUCAUUUGCGAAGAAAAAGCACCGGUCCUCAAGAUGGAGCUGGAUAGGUCAGCUGAUCCCCCGCCUGCAAUCUGGGUUGCAACAACUAAAUCUACAGUAAAUAAGUGGACGCUGAAGGGAAUUCAUAACUUUAGAGCCUCUGGAGAUUACGACAACGACUGUACAAAUCCUAUAACACCCCUUUGUACACAACCUGACCAGGUUAUUAAAGGGGGUGCUAGUAUUAUUCAGUGCCACAUUCUUAAUGAUAAGAGACAUAUAUUAACCAAAGAUACCAAUAAUAAUGUGGCAUAUUGGGAUGUAUUGAAGGCGUGUAAAGUUGAAGAUCUGGGCAAAGUGGAUUUUGAAGAUGAAAUUAAGAAAAGGUUUAAGAUGGUGUAUGUGCCAAAUUGGUUCUCCGUAGACUUAAAAACAGGGAUGUUGACCAUUACUUUGGAUGAGAGUGACUGUUUUGCUGCUUGGGUUUCUGCAAAAGAUGCUGGUUUCAGCAGCCCGGAUGGUUCAGAUCCAAAAUUGAACUUAGGAGGACUUUUACUCCAGGCCCUCCUAGAAUAUUGGCCUAGAACACAUGUAAAUCCAAUGGAUGAAGAAGAAAAUGAAGUAAACCAUGUAAAUGGGGAGCAGGAGAACCGAGUGCAGAAGGGCAAUGGCUAUUUUCAAGUGCCCCCCCACACCCCUGUGAUCUUUGGUGAAGCUGGCGGUCGCACACUGUUCAGCAUGACUGCCGGGGUCAGGGAACAGAUGGCAUCACCAGAAGUCCCUGCCCACAGGACAGCAUCAGAGCUGCUCUGCCGAGAUUCCGGAGGUGAGACUGAGUCGAUGCUUCUCAACGAGACGGUGCCGCAAUGGGUAAUUGACAUCACUGUGGAUGAUAAAUUCCUAGAAGUGGAAUUGCUGGAUCAAAGGGUAUGUCCCACUCCAAAGUAG